AUGAAGAGACAAUUGGAGAAUUUCAAAUGAGCACAAUACAAAAUAUUUUACAUUAUAGUGUACAUCACAGCGUAAUAAAAAGAGAAUAAGAGAAAUAUUUAAAAAAUUUGUGUACACUGUAAAUUUAAAAUUAUGCACAUAUAUUUAAUAGUAGAAUAAAAAAAAAUUAAUAAACAAUGGCUUUGUCAGCUGUUUUUAAAGUUUUGUUGAUCGUGCUUCUUUCAGUAGUUCUUACUUAUUCAAUUUUUGUGGGUGCUUGGAUAUACUCACUUCAGCAAAAACCAAAUAAUACAUCAGUGACGACGACGUCUACGAAUACAACGACGCCAUACUCUGGAGUAAAAUGUGAUCUUAAUCAAAAUACAAAUAUGAAAAACACACAUAGUUAUAAUCACACCAAGAAUAAUAAUGAUACUUCAGAAAUCUUAACUACAGACAACGAAAAGAGACUAAAUGUAUCAGACACCACAAUUCUUCUACCUGAUACAAAUCGCACGGAUAUUAAUAUUGACAAUAUUCAUAUCCUACCUUUUGGGGAUACCAAUAUUACUAAUAGUCUUGACACCACAAACAAUGAACAAGGAAUAAAAGCAUUGGAAUCGAAUACUAAAAAACCUAGUGGUUCAUUUGAAAAAUCAGAUUUUGAAAGAAUAUUACCUUUUCUCUUUGUAGUCGAACGUUAUGAUGGAAAAUAUUUAUGUUACCGUAUUCAAAGCAGUCCUCCAGCAAGUCCAACUUCAAAAAAUUGCGUCAUGAUUAAUAACAAAAUUUCUAAAUAAGCCAUCGGUUCUAAGAAUUGUAAAAACUGUAUCUAAAUAUUUGUUGAGAAAAAAUUGCGGAUUUAUUUAUUAAAAUUGUCAGUUUUGGGUUUUUAUUUAGUUACUGAACGUGACGGAUUACAAUAAUCUGGAGCUAAUAAAAAAAAAUGAAAAUGAUUAAUUAAAUUCAUAAAGAGAGAUCGUGCUUACACAUGUACAGACCAACUGACGUCCAAGUAAAAUGUUUUUUAACAAUACUCUAAAUAAAAGAGCUUGUAAUUAUAUGUAAAAAUUAUUCAUUGAAGUUUCUUCUCGCUCUAAGUGUUUUUUAUUCAUUCAAGUGCUAAAAAAAUUAGUGGAGAUGAUUGAAGUCGACCGAAACUCAGUUCUUAAAUUUGGUGACAGUAAAACACAAUCCGCUUCGCGUUCGAGGUGUGCAAUUGUUGAAAUAAAAUUUGUGUUGGACAAUAAUACCUUCAAAAAAAAAUCAAAAAGUCUAAUAUGUUCCUAAGAAUAUUAAAAAUUAUUAUUUUAAUUUAUCAUACAUAUUAUUUUUUAAAAAAUGUAAUAAAAGAAUUUUUGAAAAUCA